AUGCUUGCGACAGCCUUAAAAAGACCUUUAUGUUCCCUUUCCGCGCGUUGCACCCGAUGCUAUGCCUCCAGAUCCCUCCCGCCUCACACGGUGAUCGCAAUGCCAGCACUGUCUCCUACGAUGACUGCGGGUAAUAUUGGAAUGUGGCAGAAAAAGCCUGGCGAUGCGACGGCACCUGGGGAUAUCCUGGUGGAAAUAGAGACAGACAAGGCGCAGAUGAACCUCGAGGCCAACGAGGAAGGCGUGCUAGCGAGAGUCUUGAGAGAAUCGGGGGACAGGGAUGUCCCUGUUGGAACGCCCAUUGCUGUCAUGGUGGAUGAAGGAAAGGAUGUAUCAGCGUUUGGAUCAUUUUCCAUUGGAGAUGCGCCUGCCUCGUCAUCUGAAACAGCAUCCAUAUCAAUUCCAGAAUGUAUACCCAUUACCAAUGAAACCAUCAGCACAGAUGAGAGGCUACAGCCAGCCUUGGAUAGAAUGCCCAAGGCCAGCGCAGCGGCCAUUAGACUCGCACUCGAUCGAGGCGUGAAGAUCACCGGGCUUCAAGGCACUGGAAGGGGAGGCCAGGUCACCGAAGCCGACGUGAGUAGGGCUUCAACCGAAGGUGUGACAGCUUCUGCUGCAAAUGCGGCUGCGACAUACAUAGACACUCCCAUAACGUCGAUGCGCAAGGUGAUUGCGAGCCGCCUGACUCAAUCCGUCCAACAAAGCCCGCACUAUCUUAUAUCGACGAGUGUUUCAGUCCGGAAGCUGUUGAAGCUCCGGCAGGUUCUGAAUGCUUCCGCCAACGGCAGAUACAAACUCACUAUAAACGACUUCCUGAUUAAAGCUUGCGCCGUGGCAUGCACCAAGGUGCCCGCCGUCAACUCCAGCUGGAGAGAUGACGUUAUUCGCCGCUUUCAGAGCGUCGAUGUCAGCGUCGGUGUGGCCACUCCUGCCGGACUCCUGACGCCCAUUCUUCGAUCCGUCGAGGGACUCGGCUUGGAAACCAUUUCAAUUCGGGUCAAAGAACUUGCCAAGCGUGCUCGGGACCGCAAGCUCAGGCCCGAGGAGUUCCAGGGUGGAACAUUUACUAUUUCCAACGUGGGAAUGAAUCCUGCCAUUGAACGGUUCAGCUCGAUCAUCAACCCCCCUCAGGCGGCCAUCUUGGCCGUAGGGACCACUCGGAAGGUUGUAGUUCCCAUACAAACCACCGAUGGCACGCAAGUCGGCUGGGAUGAGCAGGUUGUUGUGACUGCGUCUUUCGAUCACCGGGUGGUAGAUGGAGUUGUAGGGGCGGAGUGGAUGAGAGAGUUCAAGGAUGCGGUGGAAAGUCCGCAGCAUCUCCUGCUGUGAGUGAU